GUGUGCAUCGGUGGCGGUCUUCCUAGGCCAGGCAUUCGCUCAGUGAAAUGUGGUGUUCACACAUUGUCUGGAGGGAAGGCAGGUGGACUUCCUCUGCACUCGCCUGGCAGGGGCUCUCAAGUUUCCAUUGGCUGGUAACAAAAUAGGGAGAGCGCAUUUGUGAGGGGGGCGCUGGAUCCCAGGCUACACGAGGUGCUGAGAGGCACGUGCUCUUCAAGUAAAUGAAUGUGCCUUUUUCCUUCUCUUCUCUCUACGUCUUGUUUAGACGUAAUGGGAUUGGUUGUGUGUCGCGGAUUAGCCAACUUGCCAAGAGCAGGGGAAGGGGAGGGUCGAGACACUGUUCUGGGCCAGUAAAGAGACUCACUACCUCCCUCCUCUCCUCUGUCCUACUGGAAGUUGCUCGCUAGCUUAAUGUUUGUGGGGGUUAGGCAAGACUGGUCGUCACACUCUAGCUGGGACUGAGAAACGGGGAGAGGGAGCCAUGGAGGUCUUGCUGGUUCCCUUCUGCAGAGAGACAGGCAAUAUAUCACUUGUGAUGCCGUCCGACGACAGCCCAGCAACAAAUAUCACACUAGGAGCAGUCAAUGCCAAUGUGAGGACCCAGAUGAUCAUCAGCACAGCAGAGAGAGUUUCUCACACAGGGAAUAUCCUCAUAGGUACCCCCUGCACACACACGCCAACUAUGAUUGACCAGGGACGCAACCAGGAUGCCAACAAGUGGACCCCAGGGGCCAAGAAGCGAACACAUGAUUUCAUUGACUCAUAUUUCUCUGACCGGGAUGGGCUGUGCUCAGGAGACUCUUCAGCCAGCAAGCGACUGAAGGGCGAUAAGAACGGGAAGGGCCUGAGGCAUUUCUCCAUGAAGGUGUGUGAGAAGGUGCAGAAGAAAGGCACCACUUCCUACAACGAGGUGGCCGACGAACUGGUGGCUGAGUUCACCCACUCCACCAACGUCAUGGCCACAGACUCGCAGGUGUAUGACCAGAAGAACAUCCGCAGGCGCGUGUAUGAUGCUCUCAACGUGCUGAUGGCCAUGAACAUCAUCUCCAAGGAGAAGAAGGAGAUCCGCUGGAUCGGCCUGCCCACCAACUCGGCCCAGGAGUGUCAAAACCUGGAGGUGGAGAAACAGAAACGCCUGAAGAGGAUCAGACAGAAGAGAACUCAGCUGGAAGAACUCAUACUGCAGCAAAUCGCAUUCAAGAACCUGGUGCAGAGAAACAAAGUCAGCGAGACUUCCUCCCUGGCCCCUCCCCCUUCCGGCUCUGUCAUCCAGCUCCCCUUUAUCAUCCUCAACACAGACGUACGCACCGUCAUAGACUGCUCCAUCUCCAGUGACAAAUGCGAAUACCUUUUCAACUUCGACAACACCUUUGAGAUCCAUGACGACAUAGAGAUUCUGAAGCGCAUGGGGAUGUCCCUGGGCCUGGAGAGUGGGAAGUGCACCGCAGACAAUCUCAUUGUUGCCAAGUCCCUCAUCCCCAGGUCUCUGGAGACCUACGUCAUAGGCAUAGCAAGAGGCACCAGUCAAACAAGCUCUUUCCCAGUUGACCUAGACUCCGCCUCUUUGAAUGGAAGUCGGAGCUUCGGCCACAGUUGCACCGCCCUCUCAGAGUCUCGAGGCCAGACGCCCAGCUCCUUCAACGAGGAAGAGGAGGACGAUGAUGAACCCUCUUCCCCAGAGUGACUGACGGACAAACAGACAGCCGGGCAGGCAUCAGUGAUACACCAUACCACUCCCUCUCUGGGACAGGACUCGUCUCCCACUCUGUUCACAGGGGGAAUGUGGCCAGAUAUACAGGAAAUAAGCUGCCAAUCAUUCAGGUCUAUAAUAAGAUAUUUUAGAAGCAUUUAUAUCUCGGUCUCCCUCUUAAUUUCUCCAUUGUAGUUAUUUUUUGUAAAUUACUUCUGUGUCGCUUUCUGCCAAGAGAGGGGAUAGCUGCGUAAUCUCAACUCCUCGAAAAAUGGUUUGUUGUUUUUAGAUGGAGUGCAAUGUUUUGUAUGUGUUUUCUACUAGACGUAAGCACUAGGAGCAGUGCGGCUAUGCAUCAAAACGCUCACACUGUCUCAACGCUCCAGACUCGGCGACUGAAUAUUUUUCGUGAUUAUUAAAGAUGUCUAAAAUAUUUAUUUUCUUUUUACAUUGAAACAUGUCAAACGUAUAUGAAUAGUAUGCGUGUUGAUGUAUGCUAGUGGUUUUGCGUUCUGUUCUAACUUUACCGCAACAACAAACAAAUGUUACUUAUGAUACUCCUUUAUUCUUUUUGCAGUUUACUGUUAGCCACUUGAUGCAACUGUGUGGAAAGAUACCAGCAGCAAACCUUUGCCCAGGUAUUAGCUCUACCUUGUCUAGAAACAAGGGUACAUUAUGAGUAAAUGUAGUUCUCUUUUAAGUGUGAACCAUUAUUAGUCUGUCUCUCAUCAAUGCCUUUUUUAAUAUAAUCCUUGAGCCAACAUGUAAUGGCCUAUUCUGUUAAAUGCGUUGCACCCUCCUGAAUGCGUCCUUGAUAUGUUGUCAUGACCCUUGAGCUCGUUAGGCCCUACACUCAGUGGACAUUCCACUUGGGGAAACGUGUGUACUCUCUUUUAGGAGGUUAUGCUAUGUGGUUGCAGAAAUGACUGGGUCUGUAAAUAUAUGUAAAUAAACAUCCAUUUUGGUUAAA